GCUCGCGAAGGAAAGGAAGGCCGUGCCGGGAAAAAACACCGGUCGAGCCAUGUGUCUGCAACGUGUGCUCGGCGCUACAAGUAAGUGACCACGGAGAGGAAUGUCUUGUCUACUGGAGGCACGCAGAACAAAAUGAUACCGGUUUCUCUAACCCUGCGUCUCAGCUGUUGUCGGGAACGAGAUUUAACACUCCCGUUUGGAAAUUGGACUGUCUGCUUUGCCUGCAGGUGCAGUGCUACUGUAAUGAGAUGUGAAACAUGGUGAGAUGGGUAGACGAGCACCCGCCACAAGACUGAAUUCAGUUGAGCCCGGACCGUGUAUAACCUCGUCUCCAAACGGCGACAGUUUCUAACUCGCCGCCGCGGUCAAACCGUCAGGGCCACGUGUGAUCAACCGGGAAGGGGCAUUGAAGGGUUGUUGUAUACGGCUAAAUCAACCCGAAACCCACAGGUGACUGCACUUGUUUUUCUGCCCGGGAAAAAGCCCGAUGACGUCUCGCUGCACGACGUUGGUCCCUCGCGUCAAUCUUCGGUGACAGUAUUUGGAUGAUUAUUGCAUAACCUGGAAUUACACGAUGCCUUGCGCGGUGAGACGGACUGGAGGUCGAGCCUGGUACCUUGGCCGUAGGCAUUGACAAGACAACGCCUUGGCGUACACCUCGGGAACCAUUAUCGGGGUGUCCUUUCCUGUUGGUUUUUUUUCCUCUUUGACGCCAACGGCCAGCUAGCUUUGAUGUGAAGUGCGAAUUAUUUCAAAGUGAAAGUCGACAAGCGGCUCGUCUCACCUGAACUUAGUGAAAGGGAAAUAGUAUGCGGCCCGACCUUGACCAGGAUGAGCGCUCUGAGGACGGGAAGGCGCUGGCAUACGUGGCUUGUUGGAUUUGUCAUACUACCUUACAUUUGUUUACUCAGUGCUGCAAUAAGAACAACAGUAGCUCCUCAAAAUGGUUCUUCCUCUUCAGAUUUGGAUACGGGUAAUCAACAGCUGCUAACUGAUGGAAAUGGCAGCCCAUUGAAUCCAAAUGCAUCUCUCCGCUCCAACCAUUCAGUUCCAAAACAAUCCAGUGUUUCCCACACUUUGUCAAACAGAACUGCAAAGCAUGCUCUACCUGAUAGAACUUCCCAACAAAAGGCACUUGUGUGGGAGGACAAAGGCAAUUUUGAGGAACCAACGACGUCAUGGCAGUACCCCAGGGAAAAUUCUCAAAUGAGGACACAAAUCCCCACUGUUAGUACACCAGUAUUAACAAAUUCUGACGAGAGCACAGAUGUUGGACAAGUUUUGGAUUCACGAUUGCCAGAGGAUACUGACUCAUUUCUCCCUGUGCCUGAGGCAGUUUCAGGGAUAAAGGAUACUGAAGACAGUCCUUCAGAGGAGAGCACUCGUACAAUCUUCCGAACGGCGACAAGCUCACCUUUCCCUCUGCCCAUACCAGCCCCGGAAUUUACAAAUACAGAUCACACCUUGAACAGUUCUGCGGCAACUGAAUCUCAGGAUGUACAUGUAAAUAAUACCUUAAAGUAUGUAAAAGUCGCCGGCACCCUCUCGUCAAGCGGGGAUGAUGCUGACUUUAUACCGUGGAGUCACGAAUUUGAAGAAACGACCAGCCAUCGGUCACCACCACCGCUAACGACAAGUUUCACUCAGUUGACUGUGACAGAAGAGCUGUCAGAGUUGUUGGCUGUUGCUCAACAAGCCUGGGCACAGCUCCCUGCCGAAGUUAUGGAUACUGAGUUGGGCGAAUUUUUAAAAAUGUACAGUACCUUUCCUCAUAUUGAACUGGAAUCUGGCCCAGUCAGGAUAUGGCGUCUAAAAGGGCCCCCAGGCCCACCCGGACCCCCUGGCAGACCCGGUUUGAGGGGACCUCCAGGAAAAAAGGGCCUAAGAGGACCACCAGGGGAAAAGGGAGAGCAGGGUGUGCCGGGUUCACAGGGUAGCAUAGGGCAGCGAGGACCGCGAGGACUGCAGGGUGAAACAGGAAGGUCUGGAAACGUGGGACCUUUUGGGCCAGCUGGAAUAAAGGGAAUGAGAGGUGACUCUGGAAAACAUGGCUUCAACCCAGGACAAGGACCAAAGGGGGACCCAGGAUAUCCCGGGGAAAUGGGAGGAGCAGGCCCACCGGGGGAGAAGGGUGACACAGGUGGCAUAGGCCCCCCGGGACCUCCAGGACCGAAUGGGGAGACGGGACGAGAGGGCCCGCUAGGGGAAAGAGGAUUUGAGGGAGUUAGAGGGCCUCCUGGCAAGCCUGGCCCGGCGGGACAACCCGGACCUCAGGGAGACAAAGGUGUACCAGGCCCAGUGGGAUUGCCAGGGGAGGAUGGCCCAAAGGGCCCUGAUGGGGAAUCCGGUCCUCAAGGCAGGCGAGGUUUUCCGGGUUUUCAAGGAACUCGUGGCAACCCGGGUCAGCCUGGAACUGACGGGGCUCCGGGAACGAAUGGCCGGCCUGGGAGACAGGGCGCACCUGGCGAACCGGGAUCAGCAGGGCCCCCAGGUCCCAAAGGCGAGCCCGGUUCACAAGGACUAAUAGGCUUGCCAGGAGACCCUGGACUCCCUGGGCCAAAAGGUGAAAAGGGUAGUCGUGGCAACAGAGGUUUGCAGGGGGAACAGGGCGAUCCAGGAACAAAGGGAGAACCCGGGGAGCCAGGCUUGAGGGGAGAGACUGGCGACACUGGUCCAAUGGGAUCAGUAGGUGAUAAAGGACCCACUGGAAUCAGGGGAGAUGUUGGCCGAAGGGGUGCUAUCGGGGAGCAAGGCAGCCCAGGUCGUGGGGGCAUGAAUGGAUUGAAGGGACCCCCUGGCCGUGCUGGUGCAGCUGGUGAGACAGGACCUAAAGGUGCAAUGGGCGAUCAGGGUCCACCGGGGCCGACUGGCAGAAUAGGAAAGCCAGGUAGACCUGGAAAGCGUGGUAGGAAUGGCAGAAGAGGGAAACCUGGUCCACAGGGUCCUUCGGGCAGCAUUGGACUACCUGGCCUUCCAGGUGAGACGGGCACUGCCGGACCACCAGGCUUGAAGGGCCCAUUGGGACAGCAGGGAGUUCAGGGAGAUGCUGGUGAGGCAGGUAAUCCAGGCAUUCCAGGGGUCAAAGGAGCUGCAGGCUUUGCCGGUUUACAAGGUCCCCCAGGCCCACCUGGACCACCAGGCUUUCUGGGUCCGGAAGGUCCCUCUGGUAGGCAAGGUGACCCUGGGCUCCCAGGUCCCCCGGGUCAUCCUGGUGUCCAAGGAACAAUAGGCCCUCCCGGGUCACGGGGACCGGAUGGACCUCAAGGAGAACCAGGACCAGCGGGAGACCAAGGUCCUCCAGGCCAGGAUGGAGAAAACGGCCAAACAGGGCAGCAAGGCCCACCCGGCUCAAGGGGGAUCAAAGGAGCAGCUGGUGAGAACAUGCUGACUGGGCCUCAGGGACCCAAAGGACCAACGGGUUUGACAGGAAAUGAUGGUGCAAGAGGACCAACAGGCCCUCCGGGACUUCCGGGACUUGUAGGAAUCGUGGGACAAAAUGGCGCCAAGGGAGAUUUAGGCUUGGUAGGGGAUGAAGGAGACACAGGCAGGGCAGGAGAAGAGGGUCUACCCGGUCCCAGGGGUCGUGAGGGGCCAAGUGGAUACAAAGGAGCGAAGGGUGAGCCUGGGCAGCAUGGCCAGCCAGGGGAGAGAGGUGAUGUGGGUUUACAGGGUGUCCAGGGUCCAACUGGUCAGCAAGGGCCAAAAGGUGCACCAGGUAAUCGAGGCAACCCAGGCAAGCGAGGCUCACCAGGCAACAAGGGAGCUAUUGGAUCUAAGGGAGACACUGGCGUGCGGGGUUUCCAGGGAAGCAAUGGUGCCAGAGGACCCCAGGGCGUACAGGGUGUUUCAGGAUCACAGGGAGACAGAGGGGGCAAGGGCACACAGGGACCACCUGGGGUACCUGGUCCAGACGGACAGGCCGGGCCAGUAGGUCCAACUGGCAACCAGGGGCCAAUAGGGAUCCACGGACCCAAAGGACAUCCAGGCAAGAAGGGUUUUUCAGGAGACAAAGGAAGUGCCGGCCGAGACGGAGAUUCUGGCACAGUAGGACCGCAGGGACCUCCUGGAGACAAAGGAGAGGAGGGUGAGAUGGGACAAGAGGGAGACGUUGGAGUCCCAGGUCCUAUGGGCCCAUAUGGAAAACAGGGAGAUCCGGGCCACCAAGGAUCACAAGGUUUGCCAGGCAGUCCAGGAUCACUGGGGACUCCUGGGUCAGCCGGCCAGCCCGGACUUGAUGGAAAGAGGGGACUGGAUGGUGAGCCAGGAUCAACAGGGCUGGCUGGGACUCAAGGCAGUGAGGGAAGAGAGGGGCAGGAGGGGCAGAUAGGUACAGCAGGGCUGGCAGGAAUUCCAGGAACUCCAGGUGAAAAGGGCAAUGAAGGCAAUGCUGGAGCACCAGGCGAGCAUGGCCCAGUGGGGAUUCAGGGUCCAGUAGGCCCACCAGGCCUGCAAGGAGACAGGGGUCCACCAGGAGACAAGGGUCCACGUGGCAUCAUCGGUCAGGGAGGUCUGUCCGGCCCCUCGGGAGAGGCUGGACUCGUAGGGCCAAGGGGACCUAUUGGAACGCCAGGCCAGCCGGGUAGUAAGGGACCCGCCGGUGAACAAGGAUUACAAGGGUUGUCUGGUUAUAAAGGCAGCAAAGGUAACCAAGGGGAUCGUAGUAUAAUGGGUCCUGUUGGACCAACUGGAUUCCAGGGUGAUGAGGGGAUUCCUGGCAUCCAAGGUCCAGAGGGCUUCCCAGGAAUGGUGGGCAUCAUGGGAGAGUUUGGAGAUAUGGGAAGCAAAGGGGACUUGGGGCCAAAAGGACCACAGGGGGAGUCUGGCCCACCGGGACCACCAGGAUUACCGAAAAUGUUUCCAGUCAAUGACGCAGAGAGCAUCCACAACCUCAUCCAUCAUUUCUUCAGCGUUCCAAGGAAGAAAGAAGUUGGGGAUGUUGACGUCUUCUACAUGAUGAAAUACCUUGUCAAGUACAUUGACGACAUCAAGCAUCCUCUUGGGACUAAAGACAUGCCUUGCAGGACAUGUAGGGACCUCAUAGGCUGCCAUGAAGACAUUAGUGAAGGUCUGUUCUGGAUUGAUCCGGACAUGGGCUGCUCUUCGGAUGCCUUGCAGGUGCAGUGUGAGUACACUGAGCUGGGGGCAAAGUCCUGCCUCAUCCCUCCAGAUUCCUCACUGCUGGAGUUUGGCCUGACCCUCCCCCAGCUCAAAUUCCUUCAUCUGCUGAGCACGGAGGCCAGCCAGGAGAUCACCAUCCACUGCUUUAAUGUGUCUGUCUGGGAGUCGCCCACCGGCGACCCCGCUAACAGCAUCAGCUUUGUGGGCUGGAAUGGCGUGGUCUUCCGACGAGGUGGGGACCACGAGCCCACGAUCAUCAAAGACGGGUGCAAGACUCCAGAGAGGAGAUGGAAGAGAUCAGUCUUCAGUUUCAAUACCCAAAACAUGCAACUGCUCCCCAUCGUGGAGGUCAUCGUCAAUCCUGAGGUCCACAGAACAGAAAUUGGUGUGACGGAUUACAAGAUUGAUGCCGGUAACCUCUGCUUUGACUGAUUUCUUUUUCUCUUUUCCUUUUUUUUUUCUCAUGAUUUUUUUUCCUGUUUUAAGUAAUUUUUGUGAAGGUCACUCGUGAUCUCUUCAGAGAGAAGUUCUCCGGCAAACUUUAUUUCCACCUCAAAUGAUAGAAAUUAGUUUUUAUCAGUCAUAUGCUGAUGCACUCAUCAUGCAUAUGGCCAUUUAGUAGUUCUACUUGGACUCUUCUGGUUGUAAUAUUUUUGGGAAGAAAAACUUUUCAGCAAUGGAUCAAUUCAGUAUCUUCAGGACCAAUUUAGUUUCAACAGGAAAAAAUGCACAGUUCAAAUAUUUUCAGAAAUUCUGAUCAGUUUUCCUUUUUGCCUGAACAAAACUGUACUGUUCUGUAGUGUCUUACAUGGUUAUAUUAUGACCUAAAAUAUUGUAAUGAUGUACUAUUUCUGUUAAUGUGCCAAGUUGUUGUUUGGAAAUUUUUUUUUAAUAUUGCUACAUUCUUGCCUGAUUUUGAAAAGGUGAUGAUAUAUUGAUAUGAUAAACAAAAACGAAAACAAUUUCAAUUUUAUAUAAAGGUAGACGUACAACAAAACUGCAUCUGAAAAAAAUUGACCAUUCUCGACGUGCUUCAAGGAAAAUGCUAAUUCACACUGUUCAUUUUUGGUUAGUCUUUUGCUUCUUUGUAGGAAUGGCGUAAAUUUCACUUUACAUUCGUAUUAAGUUUGUUACACGUAAUGCGUUCUAAAAGCCCGCGAAAUUUGAAAAUAAUGUCGAAUCUUUACUAGAUUAAAAACUGGAGCCGGCAAGUUCUUUUUUGUUUGGGAUGUAAAACAAGAACAUUACAUCUAUCUACCUCAUGUGAUAACAUGCUGCAUAUGGAGGCUUGGUGGGUUUUGAAUCGUGCAGUUGCUUGAGUAAAAAGCUUGUAACUUCUGCUUCUGUUGAUUCACUAGAAGGAGUAGAGCUAGCUUCAUCAUUUCUCUUGCUUAAUAAAGCUUUAUGUAUGGGCAGGUUAUCGUAUUCAAAAUGGGGUAAUUGUCAGUAACCACACCCUUUAGCGUAACCACUCGAUUUUGAAGAAUAUAAAAAAAUGUAGGUUUAUUGGAACUUUGAUUUCCUAUUUCGAACUUUGCCAUUUUUGAACUUUUGAAGCCAUUUUUAACAUUCAUUGAAUGGAUAAGAAAGUAAUGAAUGAAGGUUUUUACAAGUAAUUAGGACGGGCCCCUUCUUACCUGCUAGUGAUAGACCUAACCAUCAACCAGUUUUAAACUAUUCUCUGUGAAAUAGUUCUAAAUUCCGAUUCAAAAAUGCCUUUGUGGCUAAAAACGGUUGAAAGAUGCAAACUGGAGUUGACAUCGGCUUUUAACUUGAAGAACAGCAGUGAAUACUCUGCCCUACGUGCUAUGCUUGUCCAACAACCAGCUUAACUGUCUCGUAAUCUAGGAAUAACCCAAGCCCAGUGUGGUGCGUAUUGAUUUCUAACAUUUUUAUCUCAAGAGCUCAAAUGAAACUUAGUUUUUCUAGUCAGUAUGAUUAACCACGAUGAGCCUCUUCAGGCUUGUAAAGAGUAAAAUAUUGAAAGGUCUUUUUAAAUGUCUUAUUGGUAUCCUUUUAGGUACUCUAUCAGGAUUCCAUUUUAUAAACUGCUCAAUGGUGCUAUUAUAUUUUUAUUUAGAUUUCUAAAGUGAUUUUUAUGUGUAUGUAGAGUUUGUGUUACUGCGUAUUUUGAAAGGGGUCUUGGAACAAGAAGGGAGGAAAAUCAAGUCUCGGGUCUGAGACUGAAACAGCUGGCAUCCCAUUUGGAUAUUAUUCAGAAUAAUUUCGCAAGUUAAGAUGUUUCUCUUUGGUGUGAACUUCUACAAUGAGCCAGUUCAGUAUUUCAAAAAGCCAAGGUCUUCCUGGAACAUAGGGCGCACGAGUCAGCGUGUGGUUGCGCUGAUAGGACAGACUAUUGUGGGAAAGUGUAUAAACUGUUCCCAAACAGCCUCGUACUAAGCAUGCACUGUUGGAACACUGAACUGGGCUCAUUGCUGAACCUGUAGAAUAGCCACUGCAUCGUGAUUUGUAGGAUGGUGAAGCAACCAGUUUAUAUGGUAACUAGCUAAAACCUCAGAUUUGGUGGGGGGGGUGGGUGUCUCCAGGUAUUGUUAUGGGAGAAUUUUUGUGUUACUAUUUAAUCGUUAUAGUGUCAGAGGGACAGAGUACUCCCGCAGCUGAUUCCUUAGUUUAGAGUUCAUUCUUCACACCGUUUAAGUGUUUGUCGAUUUCAUCAGAUUUGUAGCAUCGGCCUAGUUUUUACAGUCAAGUAUAUGUAGUUUGCAUAGUUACCUUGUUUUUUAAUAACAAUUUUUUUUUUAACUGCCAUUUGGUGUAAAUGUAGCAGGCCAGCUCUGAACGUUGUACUUGUGGUGGUUCAAGUACACUAUCCGGUUGUAAGUGACUUCGUCACAAAGGCGGACGCGCCCCGAUUUGCAGGCUGCCAUUGGACGAUCGCUGAAGUUGCGC